AAAAAGAGGAGUGAAAACGCAGACGCAGCACUGAAGGCUACAAGCAUAAACCCCUAAUAUUCCUGUACUUUCCUGUUCCUCCUAUAUCUAGUUUCUCCACUAGAGCUUAAAAGAAAGUAAGAAAGAAGGAAGUGGAAGUGAAAUGGGAGCUUAUUGCAACGACGGACUCAGUCUAUCUCCCAUCUACAGUUUCGCUUCCUCACAAGAUCUCAGGCUCUCCAAACACGUCCACGACAAUGUCCACGGCAACAUUUACAUCGACCCACUUUGUUUGAAGUUCAUUGAUACCGAACAGUUUCAAAGGCUUCGUGAGCUGAAACAGCUUGGUAUGGCACACUUGGUUUAUCCAGGUGCUGUGCAUUCCAGGUUUGAACAUUCUCUAGGGGUGUAUUGGCUUGCUGGUGAAGCUGUUCAAAAGCUUAAAAAUUAUCAAGGUUUGGAGCUUGAUAUUGAUCAAUUUGAUAUUCAAACAGUGAAACUUGCAGGGCUUCUGCAUGAUGUUGGUCACGGGCCUUUCAGUCACUUGUUUGAACGCGAGUUUCUUCCCCAGGUUCUUGAUGGUCAUUGGUCUCAUGAGCAAAUGUCAGUGAAGUUGGUCGACGAUAUUCUUGAUAAGCACUAUAUUGAAAUUGAUCCAGAAAUGAUCAGAAAAGUCAAGGAGAUGAUACUGGCAAGCUCUGAAUUUGUACGGCCAAUAGGCUUAGGGGAGAAGCAUUUCUUGUAUGAUAUUGUUGCAAAUGGCCGAAAUGGAAUUGAUGUGGACAAGUUUGACUAUAUUGCCCGUGAUUGCCGAGCUUGUGGUCUUGGGUGCAACUUUCAGUUUCAGAGGUUAAUGGAGUCAAUGCGGGUAUUGGGUGAUGAGAUCUGUUAUCCUGCUAAGGACUAUCUGACCAUCCACAAGUUAUUUGCCACUCGGGCAGAUCUGUAUCGAACAGUUUAUACACAUCCAAAAGUAAAGGCAAUAGAGCUUAUGGUGGUUGAUGCACUUUUAAAAGCAAAUGAUUAUCUAAAUAUUUCAUCUUUCAUUCAAGAUCCUUCUAAGUACUGGAAGCUAGAUGACACGAUAAUGAAGACUAUCGAGACCGCUUCAAACCCAGAACUGAAGGAAUCUAGGGACUUAAUCAUGCGCAUUCGUAGGAGGAAUUUAUACCAGUUUUGUAAUGAGUAUGCUGUACCAAAGGACAAACUAGAAAAUUUCAAAGAUGUCACUCCUCAAGAUAUUGUUUGUUCCCAGAAAAAUGGUGGAGUGAUACUAAAAGAGGAGGAUGUUUCUGUUAGCAAUGUCAGGAUUGAUUUGACUCGGGGAAGGCAAAAUCCUCUAGAAAGAAUCAACUUUUUUAAGGAUUAUGAGAGUGAGGAUAAAUUCUCAAUACCUGACGAUCGCAUUAGUCACUUGUUGCCGACAUCAUAUCAAGAUAUGAUAGUGAGGGUGUACUCUAAAAAGCCUGAACUGGUGGCAGCAAUCUCUGAGGCUUUUGAAAAUUUUCAGUUACGUACAUAUGGGAUUAAAGCACAAGUGCAUGCAACACCAGAGAAGAAGAAACGUCGUCUAUAAGGUCACUGAUGGUGGCUGCCUCUAUAUAUUUCCCAUAUGAAACCAAAAGGUUAAAUAAUUAUCAGGUCACUGAUGGUGGCUGCCUCUAUAUAUUUCCCAUAUGAAACCAAAAGGUUAAAUAAUUAUCGUCUUUUUGUCUAAUCUUCCUGUCAAGCUAUUUGCCAGACCACAAAUUUCUAUAUAGUUAAAGCAUCACACAACACAGGUUUUAUUUAAUUAGUGAGUUUCACCGUCUUAGUCAUUGUGGUUUUAUGAAAGAUCAUUCAAAUUGCAUAAAAUAGAUUUGUAAGUAGUCUGUUGUUGAUGGCCUAUUUUUAAAUGGGAUAAUCCAUCAUUUUUGUAUAAUUAACUAUCAAUGAAACAGCAAGCUUCUAUUUC